AUGGACAAGACAUUACCUUUCGCAACGUCUAUCGUGACAGCGCUCGUCGCGCUCAUUGCUGCGCUAGUCGUUUUCGAUGCUUUCUUCACUAGGCGCAGCCGCCAGCGACUCCCUCCGGGCCCCAGACCGCUGCCCUUCCUCGGUAAUAUCCACCAGCUUCCGGCGGCCGAACAGCAGAAGACGUUCACGGAAUGGGGCGCAGAGUACGGCGACAUCAUCUUUGCGAAGGCCUUCCAGCGCCCGCUCCUGAUCCUGAACUCCUCCCAAGCCGCGUUCGACCUCAUCGAGAAGAGGGGGCUCCGGUACUCCGGACGCCCGCCGUUCACGUACAUGACCGACACCGAGCUCGUGGGCUGGACGGCCGGAAGCGCGUUCAGGAUGUACGACGACGUGUGGAAGCUCCACAGGAAGUGGUACCAGCACUCCCUGAUCGCCCGAACCGCGCUGGACAGUUACCACCCGCUCCAGCGCCAGGAAGCGGACCGGAUGCUCUACGACAUCAUCCAGGACCCCGCCGACUACAGACACCAUAUGAAGCGGUACGUGGCGGCGAUCACGACGGACGACGAGUUCAUCCGCACGAUCGAGAAGGGCUUGAGUGAGGUCAUGGAGGGCGCGGCUGCCGGAAGCGCAUGCACCGUGACUGCGGUCGUGACCGAAUGCCUCCUACCAUUCAAGCAGUCUGCGGCGCGCGCACGCGCGGCGAUCCGCGCGCUGGAGGACGUUCCGUAUAUGCAGGUGAAGGAGAGAUGGUGGUUCAUGCGCUGCCCCGGGACCGCGAAGGCGUCCUUGACGAGGUCGUUGAUAGAAGUCACCUCGCGAGCGGCUGCUGACGAGGAGGACGAGGCGCAGAUCAAGGGCGCUGCGGGCGCGCUGUAUACAUUGACCGUGGUCCUCAUGUUCGUCCUGGAGAUGGUUUUGCAUCCGGAGGUCUUGCGAAGGAUCCACAAUGAGAUAGAUAGCGUCGUCGGCGACUCCCGGCUACCCGACUUCGACGACAGGCCUUCGCUCACGUAUCUGGAGUGCGUGCUGCGAGAAGUGUAUCGGUACGAGUCCGUUUGGGUGCCACACUGCACGACUGAGGACGACGUGUAUCGGGGAUACCACGUCCCCAAAGGGACUAUGGUGAUCACCAACAUAUGGGCCAUGACGCGCGACACUCAGUUCUACGACGACCCAGAGGAGUUCCGGCCCGAGAGGUAUCUCGAGCUCGACGAGAGCGAGUCGCCCGAGCUCUGGGACCCGAAACAGCUCCUCUUUGGCUUCGGCAGAAGGAUCUGUCCCGGCCAGCAUCUGGCGGACGAGAACGGGAGGGAGAUCACCCCGAACCCCGCCAUCCUCUCGGGAUCUGUUGCCCACCCGGAGCCCUUCGUGUGCGACAUUCGUCCACGCUCGGAGAAGAUGCGGCAGAUGAUAUUGGAUAACCACGAUGCGUGAAGACGGGUGCCACGUGCGUUGCCGAAGGGCCCGCAGAGACAGUGAACUACGUGCAGAGUGCGCAUGUGGAGUUUGUUCUAGUGCCCGACACUCUUGUGUGUACGUUGUUAACUUAUGCAAUAACUCUCUGGCUCGUGAUGCGCG